GCUGGCGCAUGCGCACAUUAAGUAAACAGACGGGGUCGCAUGUUGGUUUGAAACGUGAAACUAAUCAAGUUUGUCUUGAAAUCAAAGACGAGCAGCAUGAAGGACACACCGCUGUCCAACUGCGAGAAAGACUUUUUAUUAAAAGCCAUCGAGGAGAAAAAGCGGCUGGACGGACGGCAGACCUACGAUUACAGGAAGAUAAAGAUCACGUUUGGAACGGACUACGGAUGCUGCUUUGUGGACCUGGGACAAACCAGGGUCGUGGCCCAGGUGUCCUGCGAGCUGGUGGCGCCUAAAGAGAAUCGUCCGAACGAGGGAAUCAUGUUCUUCAACAUCGAACUGUCACCGAUGGCCUCGCCGGCGUUCGAGCAGGGAAGGCCGUCGGAGCUGUCGGUUAAGCUGAACAGACAACUGGAGAGGUGCCUGAGGAACUCCAAGUGCAUCGACACCGAGUCCCUGUGUGUGGUGUCCGGAGAAAAGGUGUGGCAGAUCCGAGUGGACGUUCACACGCUCAACAACGACGGGAACCUGAUGGACGCUGCCAGCAUCGCCGCCAUCGCCGCUCUGUGCCACUUCAGGCGCCCGGAUGUGGGCGUCCAGGGGGAGGAGGUGACGGUGUUCAGUCCAGAGGAGAGAGACCCCAUCCCUCUGAGUAUCUACCACAUGCCCAUCAGCGUCAGCUUCGCCUUCUUCCAGCAGGGGACCUUCCUGCUGGUGGACCCGUGCGAGCGUGAGGAGCAGGUGAUGGACGGGUUACUGAUGAUCGCCAUGAACAAACACAGAGAGAUCUGCUCCAUCCAGUCCAGCGGGGGCAUCAUGCUGCUCAAAGAGCAGGUUAUGAGAUGCAGUAAAAUAGCCAGCGUGAAGGUGUCUGAAAUCACAGAGCUCAUCAACAAAGCCCUGUUAAACGAUAAAACAGCCAGGAAGGCGGGCGGUAAGUGUGGCUUUGCGGAGUCCAUGCCUCGGGAACGAAUCACCGCGCUGAAAACGAACCGGACUGAGGUGGAGAUGACCGAUGUGAGCGAAAGUGCCGGUGACAUCGUUCAGAAAGCAGAAGCCCCGCCUCCAACGGUGUCGUCGCCUGUGGUGCCAGUACCGGGCGUCGGGCAGAUAGGACAGGGUCUGCAGAACACCUGGGGGCUGGAGGAGGAGGAGGAAGGCAGUGGAGAGGAAGAAGAGAUGACGAUGGAGGAAAAACAAGAUGAACACAAGACCUCAAAAGUGGCUGUAAUUGAGCUGUCUGACAGUGAGGAAGAGGAGGUGGUCGUACUUUAUCCUGAGACUGCAAAAACUGCAGAGUCCAGCCGUGACCAGAAGGGGGCAGCAAAGUCCAAGAAACAGAAGAAAAAAUAACCAAGAAAAUCGAUAAAAAUGUUCAAAUAAGAUUAAAUAUGGA